AUGAUCUACCCGGAUCAGGACGCAUACACGCCAGACCCCGGCGAUCUUAGUCAUCCGGAGCCUGUUGACUUGGUCCAGCCUUCCCAGAUCGUCAUCAUGACCUUUCACACGUAUUUCAUUCCAAUCUAG